AUGGAAGAUGCAAAAGAAAGCCACUUUCUCCUGCCUUUCGGAUUAAAACUAAAUGCAGAAGAAGGAGAAAUCUUACCAGACCCGGAGAGGUAUAGACGCCUAAUCGACCGCUUGCUUUACCUCAACUUCACCAGACCCGACAUUACAUACGCCACCCAACAUCUCAAUCAGUUCAUGCAACAACCCAGAUGGCCGCACCUCGACGUUGCACUACACGUUGUCAGGUACCUAAAGCAAUAUCCGGAGCAAGGCAUCUUCUUUCCGAGAAAGAAUGACUUUAAAGUUCAAGCCUUUUGUGACUCGGACUGGGCAUCGUGUCCGAUGACCCGCAAAUCCAUCAUGGGCUUCUGUAUCUUCCUCGGACUUGCAUUAAUCUCCUGA